CCCAAAAGAGCAAAAACUGGAAGUUAAGUUUUUGUUCCUCUUGUAGGAAAAAAAUGAAAUUUAAUUUAUUUAAUUGCAAGGCUUUACGAAAGAAAAAGCAUGUUGCUCAAGGUGGUGCUAUUUUGGAUCAAGUCAUCUCGGAGUCGUGCUCGCCAAAUAAUAAAGUUUUGCUUUAUAAGCUAGCCAACUAUAAAUUGGGUGGCGAUUUAAUUGAUGCAUUUAACAUUGGCGGACAACAUGCUGUUGAGGAAUUAAUUCGAGAACAAUUUGGUGUAUUCAUGUACAAGGGUGGUAAAGGACAAAUCAUCAACCGUGCUGAAUAUUUACGAUGGAAGUACAUGGAGAAUGCAGAAGUUUCAAUUCCAAUAGAAGCUUCUCUUUCAUCGCAUGAUCCGCUUGGUAAAUGGGUUGAUCAUAAGGCAUGCUGGCAAAUGCAGUAUCGUGGAGCGCUUGGCGAAAGCCUCCUUCACGUUCUCAUAAUUUGCGAUACAAAACUUCACACCAAGCUAGCACGUUUACUGACUAGAGUUUUUCCAGAAUUGGCAAUAGAUGUAAUGGAGGGCGAAGAAUAUUUAGGAGCAAGUGCUCUUCAUCUCGCAAUUGCAUAUUCGAAUAACGAACUUGUAAACGACUUGAUAGAUGCUGGUGCUGAUGUAAAUCAACGUGCUAUUGGCAGAUUUUUUCUUCCGCGAGAUCAACAAAGCAACAAUCCAGCAAAGCAAACAGACUAUGAAGGUUUAGCGUAUUUUGGAGAAUAUCCAUUGGCAUGGGCUGCAUGUGUGAAUAAUGAAUCGGUAUAUAAUUUACUAUUGGAGAUUGGUAGCGAUCCCGAUGCGCAAGAUUCUUUUGGGAACACAAUUUUACAUAUGGUUGUUGUUAACGAUAAAUUGGAAAUGUUCGGUUAUGCUCUCAGACAUCCAAAAGUACCAGCAAAGAAUGGUAUAAUCACUUGUAGCGCGUACCCUCUCAAUGCUCUAGAUACAAUACAACCGGAUGGAAGCACGAAUUGGAAUGCUGCGCUUAUUUUAAUUUUAAACGGAACAAAGCCUGAGCAUUUGGAUAUGUUGGAUGGAGGAAUAAUUGAGAGAUUGCUGGAGGAGAAAUGGAAAACUUUUGCUCAGCAACAAUUUUUGAAGCGUCUUUUGAUUUUAUUCAUUCACUUGUUUUUUAUGUCAAUAUCCGUUUACACGCGACCAAGACGUGUAAAUUCACAUGAUGAUGAUAAUGAUGGAGAUGGAAGUGGUACUGAUAGUGAGUUGGUAUCCGAAGCAUUAACAAUGGAACAAGGAUUGGAUGUACAAACGAUUGUUCGAUACACAUGCGAGUGUGCCACAAUAGUCGGCGUUAUAAGCUUUGUUGUUUUUCAGCAAGGCGAUGAGCUCAAAAAUCAAGGCCUUUCAGCUUUUAUGAAGCAAUUAAAACAAGCGCCGGCUAAAGCAAUUUUUCUUUUUUCAAAUUUGUUGAUAUUGUCCUGCAUUCCAUGCCGCAUUAUGGGAAAUACUGAAAUGGAAGAAAAACUGUUGUGUUUUGCUGUACCAGGCAGUUGGUUCUUAUUGAUGUUCUUUGCCGGUGCUAUUCGGUUAACUGGUCCUUUUGUUACAAUGAUCUACUCGAUGAUUACUGGUGACAUGUUCACAUUCUCGAUAAUUUAUAUUAUCGUUCUUUUCGGAUUCUCUCAAGCAUAUUUCUUUCUUUAUAAAGGCCAUGAGAAUGUCGAAGAAACGCCAUACUACUCUUACUUCAGCACAUGGAUGGGGUUGUUUCAAACGACAUUAGGUGAUUACGAUUACGCACAACUGAACGAAGUCUCAUAUCCGAAUUUAGCAAAGACGGUUUUUAUCAUGUUUAUGAUAUUUGUUCCAAUCUUAUUACUCAACAUGUUGAUCGCUAUGAUGGGUAACACUUAUGCAUACGUUAUUGAGCAAUCGGAAAAGGAGUUUAUGAAGCAAUGGGCCAAAAUUGUAGUUACAUUAGAACGAGCCGUUCCACAAGCCGACGCACAAAAGUAUUUAGAAGAAUAUUCAAUUGGACUAGGACCAUCAGAUGAUCCACGUUAUGAGCAACGAGGUGUGAUGGUAAUCAAAACAAAAAGUAAAACUCGAGCACGGCAGCGUAAAGGAGCUGUCAGCAAUUGGAAAUGGGUGUUAAAAGUAACACUCGGAGAAUUGAAAAAACGUAGUAUGACUGGCGAGGAAAUGAGGCGUUUGAUGUGGGGUCGUACUUCGAUAACAAGCCCCAAAAAGGUUCUAACAAAAAAAAAACGUGGUGCUAUUGACGAGGAAGAUCCAUUUGGUCUGACAGCUGCUUUAGAUCAAAUGGCAUUUGCACAAGAUAUUGUAAUGAUUGAUACUGAUGUUGCAAAAGGAACGACGAGUGUUAAAAUGACAAGUGCGACAAUUGGAGCAUCAGAAACUCAACAAUUCGAAGAAAUUUGUACAUUGCCUAAUUACGAUUCUGUCGUUAGCUCAGCAACCAUACAAACAGGAACAACAGCGCAAAUAGCACCAAGCGAAACAAGUAUCACGCAACCAGUUCCGCCGGUUUCAACUCAACCCACUCCAACCUCAACAUGCAAAAGUUCUCGAACUCCUACUGCGACAACAACACCUGCUAAAGGAAUCCCAGAAAAAACAUUUACAGAUCCGCUACGAGACUUGAUACUCUUAUCGGAAGCCAUUUUGAUUGAUGACGAAGAGGAGUUUUUACGAAAUGUUAAGUCAUUAGCUGAAGAGAGCUCAUGUCUGGAUUACGUGUUGGAAGUGAAAAGCACGGAUAGUUAUAAUCAGCUUCAACAACGGAAGCAAGAUUUAAUGAAAUCAGUGACGCUUGAGCAAGGUAUAGUGCUAUUUCAAAAUCCAAAGGAAAUGGUCGAUCCAAUAAAGGAAGCAGAAUUUUUAAAAACACUCGAAGCUCUCGAGGAUACGGAUGACAGUGAUGCGGUCGAAAAGCCAGUUUUAGGUAAAAUAUCGCUCGUGAGAAGGGCAAAGUCAGCUGCAACCAGAACGUCAUCUGAUAAAAGAAAAAGCGACGAAAAUCCAUUAUUUCAUGUGGCAUGGGAAGACGUUGAGCAGGGUGAUGAAAAUAGCAUAAUUAAUUGGAUAUAUGAUGGCGACAGAUUGAAGACAGGCGACGCUGAUGAUGAAAUCGUGACUGUAGAAGACGUUAAACGUAAAAUGGAAAUGUUUCAUCUUAACCGAAAAAGCUCGGCUGAUAGCGAGUCGACAUCAGAACAUGCAAGAUCAAAGAAAAAAACAAAGAGAGGUUAUCGUGGACGAAACAAUAAAAUAUCACCGGAAGAAUCUCGUGACGAUGACACUGCAAUGUCAAAGAGAAGAGGUAAAUCUGCACCGAGUGCAGGAACAGAAAUAUCACGUCAUAUCAUGGAAAAAGUUUCACCCGAUGGCGGUGUACAAUCGCCUCCUGAUCCACUGGAACCGUGGAGCACAAGAGACAUUAAAAGCAUCAACAACAUACUUGAUAAUUCCGACCGAGAGUAA